GUUUGUAUACGUGGGGCAUGAUGAUGUCAGCUCUUUUUCAAUACAAAUGCACUAUCUUGAUUACAUAUGCAUGACACAUUGCAAAAAAUACUAUGCAUAUUAUGCAUAAAACUGACCAAAUGUAAUCAGCAUUUGUAUGGGGUAUGGUGGCCGUUGGCUCAACUUACCCCAUGGCCAUUGACUAAGUUACCCCAAAGCCAACAUUUUGACUAUAUUAGCGAACACAGCUACAAGGGUGCACUUUCAGAAGCAUUCUGCCUGGCUCCUGGCGGCUUCGGCCUGGCUCCUCCAGUGGAGCUCACUGUCUUCCAGCCCUUCUUCCUGGAACUCAACCUGCCCUACUCCAUCACCUGUGGAGAGCACUUUGGGCUGAAGGCCACUGUGUUUAACUACCUGUCCAAGUGCAUCAUGGUUUCUGUGACUCCAGCUCACUCCUUAGACUACACUCUCACACCCUUGAAGGAUGUCCAGUACUCAUCAUGCUUGUGUGCCAAUGGACGAAAGACCUUCAGUUGGACGAUGGCACCCUCUAUCCUGGCAGAAGCUCUGACAGAGGAGGUGGAAUUGAACUGCAACUCCCCAAGAAUGUGGUGGAUGGAUCUGACGGAAUUUCCCUCUCAGUCCUGGGUGACAUCUUGGGUCGGGCCCUCAAGAACCUGGAUGGACUGUUGCUGAUGCCGUAUGGGUGUGGAAAGCAGAAUAUGGCCCUCCUCGCACCCAAUAUCUACAUCCUGGAGUACCUGAGGAACACAGAGCAGCUCACCCCACCCAUCCGAGACAAGGCCAUCAAGUUCCUCAUUUGUGGUAUGAGAGGUCCUCAAAAUAUGGGUCAUACAGGGCAGGAUUUGUCCAAUAGGAGCCCUUUGUUUUUGUUUUCCAUUGAAGAACCUUUGAAAACGUUUCGUCACAGUGACUACGACCCUGCUAUCAUGUAAAUGACAGAGCUACACUAUAGAUGGCAUCAGAGGCUCAACUUUCUACAUUUUAGUCAUUUAGCAGAGGAUCUUAUCCAGAGCGACUUACAGUAGAGCGCAUACAUUUACAUACWUUUUUUCGUACUGGUCCCCCAUUGGGGACGGUGGGGACAUGUCCCCCACACAUUCUGAAAUUGUGUUUUAUCAAUGUAGUGUGAUACAAAACGAGGCAACGGUGUGCUAUAGAACCAUGCGGACGCCUCCGAGCGGUCGGGUAGGCUGUUUGGAGUGUUUAUUCAACUGUAUUAAAAUAAAUUACUACAUUUUGAAUUAUGUACCCCCCACGUCUAAAACCAAAGUUGCGCCCCUUGAUGACAUCAUGGUGUCUUAUCAACAAGUGCAUCACUGACCCAARACAUGUAGGGACUUCCAGAUGUUUUCCCACUGAAAUCAUUUGAUCAUGGACCCUAUUCCAACUAAACUACUGAAAGAGCAGCUUCCUGUGCUUGGCCCUCCUAUGUUGAACAUAAUAAACGG